GCACUAGUGUACACUUAAUGUUGCCAGAUUAAGCAAAGGAGCCUUAGUAACUUAGCAGAGACCAAAAAGGAAAAUACCAUGAUACGUGCACCGCUGGUGAAGGCGCUGGGCGCCUUGAGCUCACCCACACAUCAGAUCCAAAUCGGCAGCCGAGCGGUGCGAACCACUGCCGUCAUUGCCCAGCAGGCCCCGGCCAAGGCACCAGAGAAGAUCGAGGUGUUUGUGGAUGACAUUCCCGUGCAGGUGUUGCCAGGAACCACAGUGCUCCAGGCCGCCGCCCAAAUUGGUGUGGAAAUUCCACGCUUCUGCUAUCAUGAGCGUCUGGCCGUCGCCGGCAACUGUCGCAUGUGCCUGGUGGAGGUGGAGAAGAGUCCCAAGCCCGUGGCCGCCUGUGCCAUGCCAGUGAUGAAGGGUUGGCGCAUCAAGACCAAUUCAGAUCUCACCCGCAAGGCUCGUGAGGGUGUCAUGGAGUUCCUUUUGAUGAACCAUCCAUUGGAUUGUCCCAUUUGCGAUCAAGGCGGUGAAUGCGAUCUGCAGGAUCAAGCCAUGGCCUUCGGCUCGGAUCGUUCCCGUUUCACGGACAUCAAUUACACUGGCAAGCGUGCCGUCGAGGAUAAGGAUAUUGGACCGCUGGUAAAGACUAUAAUGACACGUUGCAUCCAUUGCACUCGCUGUGUGCGCUUUGCUUCUGAAAUCGCCGGAGUUGAUGAUCUGGGCACCACUGGACGUGGCAAUGACAUGCAAAUCGGCACCUAUGUAGAGAAGCUCUUCCUUACGGAACUUUCGGGCAAUGUCAUCGACUUGUGCCCCGUCGGUGCUCUGACCAACAAGCCAUACAGCUUCGUCGCCCGUCCCUGGGAGAUCCGCAAGGUGAGCAGCAUUGAUGUCCUGGAUGCUGUGGGCAGCAACAUCGUUGUGAGCACCCGAACCAAUGAGGUGUUGCGUAUUCUGCCACGCGAAAAUGAGGAUGUCAAUGAGGAGUGGUUGGCUGACAAAUCGCGUUUCGCUUGCGAUGGCUUGAAGCGCCAACGUCUGGUGGCUCCUAUGGUGCGCAUGCCCAACGGCGAGCUGCAGGCCGUAGAGUGGGAGGGAGCUCUGAUUGCAGUGGCCAAGGCUUUGAAGAAAGCCAACGGUCAGGUUGCUGGUGUGUCUGGCCAAUUGGCCGAUGUGGAAUCUUUGGUGGCUCUGAAGGAUCUGGUUAACCGCUUGGAGGGCGAAACUCUGGUCACGGAACAAGGUUUCAUCAAGGGUGCCGGCUCAGAUGUGCGGGCAAACUAUCUGCUCAACAGCACAAUUGCCGGCCUAGAGGAAGCCGAUGCUGUUCUUUUGGUAGGCACGAAUCCUCGUUACGAGGCUCCAUUGGUCAAUACUCGUCUGCGCAAGGCCUAUGUCCAUAAUGAGCUGCAGAUUGCCUCCAUUGGACCCAAAAUUGAUUUGUCAUACCAACACGAGAAUCUUGGCGCCGACGCUAGUCUGAUCAAGGAUGUGUGCUCCGGCACGCAUGCCUUCUCCAAGGUAUUGGAAGGUGCCAAAAAGCCAGCCAUUAUUAUUGGUGCUGAUCUGCUUGAGCGUCCUGAUGGAGCAGCCAUUCAUGCCACCAUCCUCGACUAUUGCCAGAAGCUCAAGAAGAAGGAUUGGAAUCCAUUCAAUGUUUUGCAAAACAAUGCCGCUCAGGUUGGCGCAUUGGAUGUGGGCUACCAGGCAGGUGUUGAGGCUGUGAUUAAAGCCCAACCAAAGGUUCUGUUCCUUCUAAAUGCUGAUGCUGGCAAGUUGACCCGCGAACAGUUGCCCAAGGAUUGCUUCAUCGUAUAUAUCGGCUCACAUGGCGAUAACGGUGCCUCCAUUGCCGAUGCCGUUCUGCCUGGAGCGGCCUACACAGAGAAACAGGCCAUCUAUGUGAAUACAGAGGGUAGACCACAGCAGACUUUGACUGCUGUCUCGCCGCCUGGCAUGGCUCGCGAAGAUUGGAAAAUAUUGCGUGCCAUCUCUGAGGUGGUGAGCACUCCAUUGCCCUAUGAUACACUGGAUGAGCUGCGCUCGCGUCUGGAGGAUCUGGGACCGCAUUUGACGCGUCUGGGAGAAUUGGAGCCGGCUAGCUUGAGUGAGGCUGGAUCACAGGCCACGAUUAGUAAAUCUAUCAAUGGCGGUCCGAUCGAUGUUAAACAAAAGGAACUGCGUGACUACUUCAUGACCGAUGCCGUUUCGCGCGCAUCGCCAACAAUGGCCAAGUGCAUAUCGGCGGUUAAUAAGCAGCAGCGACAAAACGAACAGGCCAAGCAGAGUGUGGCCAUCUAAGUUGGGCCCAAUUUCCCUCUGAUCUGAUGAUAUAAAAAUUACUUACCAAUUAA